AGUGUGUGUGGGGAGAGACGCGUAAUUCAAUCAAUACGGAAAGCGAGCCCGGCGUGCAGUCUAGUACUCAAGCACCACCAAACAAGAAAUCGUUAAACUACGCAAAAGAAAGCAAAGGAAGUGCUUUACCUAUCCACUCUGGCGACGAUGCUUCGCGCAGGCGCCAGUCUUGCGGUGCGCCUUGCGAUGACGGUCGCACGGACGCCCAGCACCGACAACAACGUCAUCAAUGCAGCAGCGGGAGACGGCACACCCUCACCGUCCAUCUCGUCCUACGCGACCGAGGGCGGCAGCGUCCCCAUUUACUCGAUGCUGCACGGCCGCAUUCAACGGCGCAACUGGGUCGUCCGCAACCCGCACUGGUGCGACCUGUGCAGUGAGCCGAUAGGGCAGUGGGUGAACCACAUCGGCCGCAAAGACCACGCCCUGAUGGACUUCCACUACACGAACAUGGUGGAGUGGCCUCGGCGGUGGAAUCCCGAGGAGCUCCUUAAGGCCUUCCAGGAGAGCCUUGGCGUCGACAGCAUCGAGCCUUUCCAUCGGCUCUUCUCCGUCGAGGACCAGUACAACCGCAACGAAGUUUACGCCAUGCUGGCGAAACUGGAGGAGGCAGGGAUGCUCUACUUCGGGGAAACGCGCGACACCUAUCUGCACAUCAUGGUGGGUGGUCUGCGUGGCAUGGACCAUCAGGGGGCGCUCGUGCUGCACGAGUGCCUCUUUGCCCCCUUUGCCCGCCUCUACCCGGAGGCGCACAUUCAGGACUACUCCAACCUGGUCGACUUCAUCACCUGUUCCUACAACAUGGAGACGGUGUACGACAUGUGUGGCAUGUUCACCUUGGAUAAGGUGGCGCUGCGGUCCCAGCUCGGGCCGAGCUCGCCGGCGGCCAUGGGACUGGGCGGCAUCGCAACGAGCUCCUCUGCGUCGUUCGGCUACAAGAACGAGUGCGCUGUGGCGUCGCCGUCCCCCUCCGCAGCUGCGACGGCAGCGACGACAGUGCUGAGCUCGCGGCAGGCGCAGAUGCAAUCCGCCAAGGCGGAGCGGGAACGCGAGAACAUGGAGGACGAGGCGUUCUCUCGUAAAGCCACCUUCGUGCGUCAAGUCCUGGGCCAGCUGCGGUGGCUACUGAUGCCGGAUCAGGUUCACCCAGCCGGGUACACGUUUCCCGAGCACGUCAUUACGCUAGGGGAGCUGUGCUUGAAGGCGCUGGUGGUGCAGAUUGUGGCGGCGCGUGUGGUGGAGUACCAGGUGCGGAUAGAGCCGGUGUGGCACAACUGUGGCUUUGAGCGGCGCAAGCUGAACGUGGCCGCCGUGGCGUCCAAAAGCGCGGACGUUACGCCUACGCUCUUCAGCUACUCGCAUCGCCCCGUGCCGCCGAAAAUUGGGGAAUUUUACUCGAACCACUCUUCGAUGCUGGACGACUACGUGGCGAAGAGACUGACACGCAAAGGGCUACCAGUGCCGGAGGCGUUUCAGCCUUCCAGCAAAUGCCGCGCCGCCGCUUGA